UUUACUAGCAUGAUUAAGGGUAUUUAAGAGCAGCACAGAGAGAGAGAGAGAGAAAGCGUGCGUGCGUGCGUGCGGCGGGGAAGAAGAAAAAUCCAUCCAUGAUGGAGAGUUCAUUGUGGGUUGUGUUUGUGACAGCAGUUUUGUUUUGCAUCAAAUAUCUCUAUAGCAAAAGCAAGUUGAGUCUAAGAUCAUCUUCAUCAAAAAACUCAUGCCAGCUUCCUUCAGGAACUCUCGGAUGGCCUUUUAUUGGGGAAACCAUCGAGUUUAUCACUUGUGCUUACUCAGACCGCCCUGAGAGCUUCAUGGAUAGGCGUCGCCGCAUGUAUGGCAAAGUGUUCAAGUCACACAUAUUUGGAACUCCAACAAUUGUUUCAACAGACGCAGAAGUGAGUAGAUUUGUUCUACAAAGUGAUGCGAAGGCUUUCGUGCCCUUUUAUCCGAAAUCCCUCACUGAGUUGAUGGGAAACUCCUCCAUUCUGCUAAUCAAUGGGAGCUUACAAAGGAAAAUCCAUGGUCUUAUAGGAUCCUUCUUCAAGUCUCCACAUCUCAAAGAUCAGAUCACUAAAGACAUGCAACAUUAUGUCCAACAAUCAAUGGAUAAAUGGAGAGAUGAUCAGCCCAUAUACAUACAAGAUGAAACCAAAAAUAUUGCCUUUCAAGUACUAGUCAAGGCAUUGAUUAGUUUGAAUCCAGGUGAAGAAAUGGAACUUCUCAAAAAACAGUUCCAAGAAUUUAUAUUAGGCCUAAUGUCUUUACCUGUAAAAGUACCCGGAAGUCAACUUUAUCGAUCCUUGCAGGCGAAGGAGAGAAUGGUUAAGAUUGUACACAAAAUCAUCCAAUCUAAAAGGAAUUCUGGCAUCUCAACAGUUGCAAAAGAUGUGGUCGGUUUGCUCAAAGAUGCUAGUGAACUAUUAACAGAUGAUCUAAUAGCAGAUAACAUGAUUGAUAUGAUGAUCCCUGGUGAAGAUUCAGUGCCGGUCCUAAUGACUCUUGCAAUAAAAUACCUUUCAGAUUGCCCUGCUGCGCUGCAUCAAUUGACGGAGGAAAACAUGAAGCUGAAAAAGCUCAAAGCUCAGAAUGGACAGCCAUUGAUUUGGAGUGAUUACUUAUCAUUACCUUUUACACAAAGCGUUAUUACAGAGACUCUCAGGAUGGGAAACAUUAUAAUAGGGGUGAUGAGAAAGGCCAUGAAGGACAUAGAGAUAAAAGGGUAUCUAAUACCAAAAGGAUGGUGCUUUUUUGCGUAUUUUAGAUCAGUUCAUCUUGAUGAAAAUCACUAUGAUUGGCCUUAUCAGUUCAAUCCAUGGAGAUGGCAAGACAAAGACGUAAUUAGCAGCUACAACUUCACCCCAUUUGGAGGUGGGCAAAGGCUGUGUCCUGGACUUGACUUGGCCAGGCUGGAAGCUUCCAUUUUCUUACACCAUUUUGUGACCACUUUCAGAUGGGUGGCCGAAGAUGACACGAUUGUCAACUUUCCAACAGUAAGAAUGAAGAAGAGAAUGCCGAUUUGGGUCAAAAGAAGGGAAGACUCCUAGUAACCUAAGCUUGCUUUUGGCUAAGAAAACUUUAAGCAGAAACUUCCAAUCCAAUGACAUAAGACAACCCAGCAAGAAAUUCUCAAAGCAAAGAAAAUAAAAAAGGGUUUGGCCACAGUGCACAGGUGUGGGGGGGCAUUGACAAGUUGCAAUGUUCGUUAUCUUUCGAAGGAUAGGGGCAUUGCAGAUUUAGACAUUAAUUGGAAGUAAAUAUACAUAUAUAUAUAUAUAUAUAUAUUUUAACUAUGGGACCAAUAAAUUAUCCCCUGAUUUUGCAUUAUAAUUCC